CGACGUCGACGACGAAGAAGAAGGUUAGCAAACAGACAGGGCCCAGGAGGCGAAAUAAAGUGGGAAAACGCUAAAAAGGUGUAAAGAGUUGGUGAGGGCGAAAUCUCCGCGCUUUUUUGAUAAAACAAUGGCGUCACAUGAGGCUGAUUUUUGUCGAGCGAGAGGAGAGAACGAGCAACAAGGACAAGGGCCAACUGCUCAGACGGUGCUACGCAUCCGAGACGUGUGGGGGGGCUCCACUUUUGCGCAGGAACAUCACCCGACCCAGGACUUUGAAGAGCAAGCACAGGGUCCGCAGCCCCCCUACAUUAAAGAGGAAGGGGCAGAAUCACAGCCCACGCACGUUGAAGAUGAAAACGAGGGUCCACAUCACUGCAUAAAAGAGGAAGCGCAGGAUCCUAAACCCUCGCAUAUUAAAGAAGAAGAAGAGGGUCCACAGCCCCUUCACAUUAAAGAGGAAGAGGCGGUUCUAGAGCAGUCACACAUUAAGGAGGAAGAGGAGGAGACUGACAUCAGCAAGUUGCCACUGACUGCUGACUCUGUGAAGAGUGAUGACGUUGAAGAUGAACCACCGGUGUGGUCACAACUUCAUCGUCACAGUCCAAGUGGAGACCACUGUGGAGGACCACCACCGGACCACCUCUCGGCUCCGUUGUUACACAGUGACGACAUAGAAGCUUUGAGAAGCAAUAUAGAGCCACCUAAAAAAGGUUUAAGCUACUCAGACUGCGAUCAAAGAGUUGCUCUUGAAGAACGUACGACUGGAGCAAUGGCGACACACAUGAGAGAAAAACCUCAUCGCUGCUCAGUUUGUAAUAAAGGGUUCGUUCAUGAGUCCGCUUUGAUCAGACACGCGAGAAAACACAUGGGAGAAAAACCUUGUUGCUCAGUUUGUGGUAAAGGGUUCAAUACUAUCUCAGAAAAAAAUAAACACAUGAGAAGACACACCGGAGAAAAAACCUUUAGUUGUUUAGUUUGUGGUAAAAGAUUCAUUAACAAUGCAGGCGUGGUAUCACACAUGAGAAUACACACAGGAGAAAAACCCUUUUGUUGCUCAGUUUGUGGUAAAAGUUUCAGUCACAGUUCAAGCAUGGUAUCACACAUGAGAACACACACGGGAGAAAAACCGUUUAGUUGCUCAUCUUGUGGUAAAACUUUCUCUCAAAGGAGCAAUCUGGUGUCACAUUUGAAAACGCAUACAGGAGAAAAACCCCAUAGUUGUUUGGUGUGUGGAAAAAUGUUCUCUUUGAACACAAAGAUGGCGGUACACAUGAGAAUACACACAGGAGAAAAACCUAUCCGUUGUUCGUUGUGUGAUCGAACGUUCUCUUAUAGGACGUCCAUGGUAGCUCACAUGAUGACACACACAGGAGAAAAACCUUUCAGUUGCUCCUCGUGUGAUCGCGCAUUCUCACAUAAAUCAUCCCUGGUGGCACACACAGAGAACACACACAAAAGAAAAAUCUGUAAGUUGCUCAGUGUGUGGUAAAAGCUAUGCUCGGAGGACCCAUUUGACUGCACAUAUGCGGAAGCACAACACAGAGAGAGUAAAUGUUUUACAGUAAUCAUCAGUUCAAUCACACCAUAUAUUGUUUUAUUGAAUUGUAUUCUGAAGAGCUGAUGAAUGUUGCGUUUUGUUGUUCGGUAAACUACAAACCGUUUCAAAUCUUCUGCAAAGCUGAUUAAUUGUAGUCUUUCACUCUGUUUUGGGUGUUUGUGUUGUGCUUAGGGCUUUACCUAGAAACUGAGGAGUUGCUGUGUGUGUUUAGAGGGACAGUAAAGUCAUUUCCUUUGAAGUGUUGAAAACGCGCAAAGACUGAACAAGAUAAUUUAGUUGUGAAUUAUGGAGAUUUCACCAUCUCAGUUUUUUAUUUAUUUUUUUUUUUGUGCGGGGCUUGGGCUUUCUGCAUGAGUCGGCCCUCCCCCCACUAAGUACCGAGCUGUCAUUCCAUCAGUGGCUAUUUGGUGCAAUUGUGAGUUACAUAGUAAUAAUAAAUUGUCCCAUUUCUACCACUACAGCCUGCAGCUAGCAAUCAAGAAACUCCUACAACCUUAAAAAAAAUGCAUUUUCCCUGAACUGUUUUUUUUUUUGUCCUCCACUUUGCAGUUCCUUUAAGACUGUGCUUGUUCAAACAUUUCCACGCCUAAUGGCGUGUUCUCAAAGUGUGAACAUCACCUAUCAAUGGUACAAAAGCAGUAUAACAGCUACAAAUGGAAAUUAGCUGCCUGCUAAAUCUGGUGUAACAGUCUCUUCAUAUCUUCGCAUGUGCACAUAAACUAAAAAUAAAGAAUAAAAACUUACAUGCACUGCUAUGUCAUUUUUAAUGUAAAUUUUUUUCUUUGCUUUAAAAACCAUUUGGAUUCUAACCUCUGCAGCUGUCUUUCUUCCCAUGUUCUCUUUUUGAGCCGCUGUCCGUACUGCCCCAAAAUGGCAGCCGUUUGAAGUUGUGGAUGCUUUAAAACGG